AUGGCUCUCAAUCUCAAUAUCCUGUCUAUCCCUUCUUACUCCUCCAAAGCUGGCUUCAUCCAUCAUAGAAGUCUCCCGCAAAGACCUCUUACCCAUCAAUCCAUGAUUUCAUCAAACAUCAAAUGCCUUCAAACCACUCAUUCCAUUGAUGACCCAACAAUUAUUAGGCGAUCCGCAAACUAUCAGCGUAGCAUCUGGGAUUUUGAUUUUAUUCAAUCCUUAAAGAGUGAUUACAAGUGGGAGACCUACAAGAGCAAAACCAAUAAAUUGGAAGAGGAAGUGAGGCAUAGGUUUAAUGAUGAUGGAACCAUGAGGCAGUUGUUGGGUCUGCUCGAGUUGAUUGAUGACAUUGAGAGACUUGGGUUAGGGUACCUCUUUGAAGAAGAGAUCAAGAAAACCCUGGACACCAUAAUGUGCAUGGAAGAUAUAAAGGAGAGUCUCCAUGCCACAGCUCUUCGGUUUAGGCUCCUUAGACAACAUGGGCAUGAGGUAAACCAAGAUACGUUCAAUCACUUGAAAGACGAGAUGGGCAAUUACAUGGCUAGCUAUUUUGCAGAUGUAAAUGGAAUACUAAGUUUCUAUGAAGCUUGUCACCUUGCUGCAGAAGGUGAAAAUAUCUUGGAGGAGGCCAAACAGUUUACAAGGACAGUUCUAAAGGGAAUGAAGGAUAAUAUAGACUCAAACCUAGAAAAACAAGUGAAUCAUGCUUUGGAGCUUCCUCUUCACAAGAGGAUAACAAAGUUGGAGGCUGAAUUAGAGAGAGGUGAUGCACUGAAAUCAAUCCAAUCAUACAUGUAUGAAACUGGUGCUUCUGAAGAUAUGGCUCGUGAACAAGUAGGACAUAUGAUUGAUGAAACAUGGAAGAAGAUGAAUACAGAUGUAAUCAAAAAUGAAUUUCUUCUGUCUCAACCUUUUAUCAAGACAGCAAUAAAUCUUGCUCGUAUGUCACUAUGCAUAUAUCAAUAUGGAGAUGGCCAUGGUGUUUUUGAUGAUGAGAACAAGAAUCGAGCUGAAUCAUUGUUGUUUGAACCUAUUCCAUUGUUGAUGGAUGCUUAA